AUGACCCAGUUUCUUCCCGACAAUUUGUUAGCGCUGUUUGCUGCACGGCCUCCACUGGAGUACAAACCUCCUCCAGACCCGCUGGUCGUCGAUAGACAUCGUCCACAAAUUCUGGUAUGUUUUUUUUUACUUUAUAUAUUAUUUUUUAUGUUAUGUUUGUAGUAGACAUUGAUAACAUUUAAAUUUAGGGUCUCUCUCAAUAUGUUAGCUUAUUCGAAGAUCCUGAAGACACACCAGCUAAACCUGUGGUUCAAACAAAGGCCGAGAAAAGGGAAGAACGACGGAAAGAGAAGCAGGAACUGUUGGCUUAUAAAAUUGAACAAGGAAUAGCUAUGUGUAAGUUAAUUUUGAAUUUUUCUUGGUUUUUAGGUAAUAUUGAAAAAGACGUUUAUUGCUAAUAGUUAAGAAAGGGUUUGAGCAUAUUUAAUCUUUUUUUUCACUUUGAAUUUUUUUUUACAACUUUUCAACUGAGAAUAUAUUAUAGUAACAUUCUUUUCAGGGGCACCUGCAGAGAACUCAGAAGCGACAGAAGAUCCCUACAAGACAUUGUUUGUAGCGAGAAUAUCAUACGAGACAUCUGAAUCGAAAUUAAAGCGAGAGUUUGAGAGGUUUGGGCCUAUAAAAAAAAUUGUUUUGGUUCAUGAUAAGGAUGGUAAACCACGUGGUUAUGCGUUUAUUGAAUAUGAACACAAAACCGAUAUGUCUGGUAAGUAAUUUUGUUUUUAUUGGUGUUUAGGAGAUGGAGGUAGAGAUUAUGAAGAUGGGAAUUGAAAUUUAACUAUCUUAUAGGUUCUUAGGGUGUUAUAGUAGUUUAGGUAAUGGUUGAGCUAUAAGAUUUUGGUUUAGCGAUAGAAAUUGAAGCUUAGACAACUUGAAGUUAAUGUUUAUACGAUGAGUAAGAUCUGUUUACUAAGUUAAAUGUAAAUUAGUGUAUAGAAAUAAGGUGGUUUAAGUGCUGCAACAAAAAGCAUAUUGUAGUAGGCAACAAAGUUAAUUUUUGUAGUUUUUUUAAUUUUUUAUAAAACUUUUACUAUAAGAUACUUGAAGAAGAUGAACUAGGAAUAGACUUACUCUUUUGCACAAGUACAUCCGGUUAUUUUUAGCCGAGAAAUUGGCUUGAUUCAGUCCGCACAUUAUCUGGCAUAGGUUUGUUUUGACAAGGUAAAAUAAUAUAAACGUUUUUAGGAUAGGUAAGAUAACUUUUUCGAUCUAAAAGUGCAUGUUUAAGACAAAAUUUGAUAGUGUAAGAAGGAGCGAUACUUUUGUGAGGGUAAGUUUCCAACCAAUCAGGUAAGGAAGCAAACCAAAUUGGUGGAAAACAGGUAAUUUUUGGAAAUAUUGUUGAGUUCAAGAUAUUUUACAGCUCUUUAUGAAUCAAAAACGGCAAGGUAAAGGUAGUAAAUUUAAAGAAGUUGCUGUAAAAGGCUUUAUGAAGCUUCUAAAGGUUAACUUUUUUGAUAAAACAACAUGAUUUUGCUCUAAAAUGGUGCGUUUUUUAAAGGUUUAUAUUAUAAAAUCGUUCUGAAAAUUUGUUUUGAAGUCUUAAAAGAUGCAAACUGACGGUAAAAAGUUCAAGAACGCUGUAAUCUCGUAAGUGAGACAAAGCCUAAAGGUAAAGGUCAAGUGUAACAUCAGCAAUAAAGACCCGGAGCAAUUGUCCCCACUUUUCAGCUGCUUACAAAAAAGCCGACGGUAUGAAAAUCGACGGCCGACGAAUCAUUGUCGAUUACGAGCGCGGCCGAACCCAAAAGACCUGGUUGCCGCGACGAUUGGGUGGAGGUAAAGGUGAUUCGAGAAAGACCAGGGAGAAGCGGGCAGGUAGUAUUGAUGAAAGAGUUCGCUACGACGAAAGUCGACACUCCAGGGAUCGGGAUCACGGUCGAUCCGGGUCGAGACAUCGUUCCAGAUCGAGAGAUCGUGAAAGAGACAGACACAGCGAUCGGAAUGGCAGGGAUCGGCAUGGACGAGAUGACAGAAGGGACAGGUCGGUUUAUAUUUUAUUAUAGUGGGAUUUGGUUAUAAAAUAGUUUAUAUCAAGGUAUAUUUAUGAAUUAUAUUGUAGUAGGUUUUAUAUAAAAAUUAUUUUAACUGUAUUAUUGAUUAUCUUCAGAGAUCGUCGCUACUAA